CCGAAAACAGAACUGAAGUCGCCCACCCUUUCGGAGAGAGAUCUCCCUCCUCUCUCAUUUUCUUCCUCCUCCAUUUUUCCACCGGUAAUCUCUUCGCUAGAUUAUUUUUUCUCUUUUUUCCUAAAUUUUAUUUUUUUUCUCACCUCGUCGUCGUCGUGCUAACUCGCGCCUCUCGAAUCCACCGUACUGGAACGGAAGUUUUACAUAUCUUUUUUGGUGUAGGGUUUUGAAGAAUUGGUUAUUAAUUUAAAAAGAUAUAUACUACUGGAAGAAGACAAUGGCAGCUCCACCAACAAGGGCAAGAGCUGAUUAUGAUUAUCUUAUCAAAUUGCUUCUCAUUGGCGACAGCGGAGUGGGGAAAAGUUGUCUUCUUUUGCGGUUCUCAGAUGGUUCCUUUACAACAAGUUUCAUCACCACUAUUGGCAUUGACUUCAAAAUAAGAACCAUUGAGCUUGAGGGAAAGCGUAUCAAGUUACAAAUAUGGGACACAGCUGGUCAGGAGCGGUUUCGGACAAUAACAACAGCUUACUACCGUGGAGCUAUGGGCAUUUUGCUAGUUUAUGAUGUAACUGAUGAGUCUUCUUUCAACAAUAUCAGAAAUUGGAUUCGCAACAUUGAGCAACAUGCUUCAGAUAAUGUAAACAAAAUAUUGGUUGGAAACAAGGCUGACAUGGAUGAAAGCAAAAGGGCCGUUCCAACCUCGAAGGGGCAAGCUCUUGCUGAUGAGUAUGGAAUCAAGUUCUUUGAAACAAGUGCAAAGACGAACAUGAAUGUGGAGGAAGUUUUCUUUUCAAUAGCAAAAGACAUAAAGCAAAGGCUUUCAGAUUCAGAUUCUAAGAUUGAGCCUCAAGCAAUCAGGAUUAACCAAACAGAUCAGCCAGCUGCAAGUGGUCCAGCUGCUCAGACAUCAGCUUGCUGUGGAUCAUGAUCGGACAAAAUAUGUAUCCAGACAAGGCUUUAUCAAGUGCUCUCUUGAAGUUGUAAAAUAAUUUGCUGCUGAAACUAGUGAAAAAUAAUCAGUUGCCUUCGCAUUUCUUUGUUCAGCUCUACUAGGAGGUGCCAUAUCUGUUGAAAGUUAUAUACUACUUUUAUAUGUAAUUUCAUACCAAACUAUUCUUCUGACCAUUCUUGUAACCUAGUAAUGGUUUUUCCUUAGUAGUGUUCUUAAUCUUGAGAUUUCAUUGUCUUC